AUGGCAUACAUGCAAGAUCCAUGCGAAAACCCUUAUAAAAAGGCCAAAAAGCCGUUCGACGAGUUUAUCGAUUGGGGCGGUGCCUCCUCAUCUGGGGCAACCACUCCAGGGUCGUCUUCCUCGGGUACGGGAACACCCAACUCUUUUUCUGGCCAAGAUUCCCGUCAAAUUUCGCCAUUAGCAUCCCCUUCAAACAUGUACAGUGCCAUUCCCGGACCAUAUUCUGAUAUAUUUCUCUCUAAUACCACCAAUAAUUUUCACGCAAGUAAAUCCGUGCUCGAGGGCGAUGAUUCGUCUUCGCAAGGCGCCACAUUGCCUUCGGAUCCCAACUUCAGCUCGCAAAUCCCCACCAUUGUGCAUCACAAUACAGAUCUAGAUGCAUCAUUUCCAUACAUAGUGUCUCCUUUGAAAGGGCCAUCCGAACAUCAUGUGUCAGAGGAUGUGGCUCCUCCUCAGCAGGUGACGCUUUUUCCGCUUAUUUCCAACGUAUACACGCCACUAAUUUAUUAUCCACCCACGGUAAAGAGAGCGCCAGCUUGUCCUCCUUUGCUACCUGUUUCUCAAAGAAAUCCUGGCAUCAAACGCGCUCAUCCGUGGGAUGGGCUGAGGCUGAAGGCGGUCAAAAAUAUCGAGCUUCAGGCACUUUCUCUGAUUCGGAGCUGGGUCUUCUAUAAGCAGGGAAAGAAGAAAGAAUUCCCAUUGCCAGUGGAGGUAGAAAUUCCCAUCGAAAAGGCCGACGGUAAUUGCUUUGAAGACACGAUUUGCAUUGCCGACCCGGAUCUCUAUGCCCGGCUUGUGGAUCUCGAGCAAAAGAACCGAUGA